AAGAUCUCUAGCUCUAUUUAAGAAGGGAACAAAAGAUAAGAAAUCGAACACUUAUCAUCAUCUAGUUCAUAGUACAUAUCGCAUAUUCCAUCAACAAUAUCAGCAAUGGCGACAGAGAUGAAAACAGAGUCUGAAGAAGAAAAAAACAAGAUAGAUGUUCUUCCAGAGGAAUGCAUUGCCAACAUAUUGUUGCUAACAGAUCCAGUUGAUUCAUGUAAGUUCUCCAUUGUUUCCAAAGAUUUUUGUUCUGCCUCUGAAUCAGACAUUGUUUGGGAACACUUUCUUCCAUCUGAUUUGAUCUCAAUCAUUUCUGAAUCUCAAUCUGGAUCCUCUUUGCUGGCCACAUCACCCUCUAAGAAGUCUCUCUAUCUCACCCUUUCUGACAAUCCCAUUAUUAUCGAUAAUGGUAAAAAGAGCUUUCAGUUAGAGAAACAAAGUGGGAAAAAGAUAUACAUGCUUAGUGCUAGAGAUCUCUCUAUCACUUGGGGUGACACUCCCACCUAUUGGAAUUGGAUAAUUCUACCAGAGUCCAGUACAGAUACUCAGUACAGAUACUCAGGUAGAGGAGCACUAACUGAUGUUGAGUUGGAGGAUAGUGUUGAGGCCUCUUUAUUUACUUUAUUGCAUUUUGAGCCUGUUAGUUUGGUGUUUCUCUGAUAUGUAACUCUAGGGACGGGUUGUUUUGUUACAUUUUAUGUAUUUCUCCAAGAUGUUUUGAAUUAUUCCAUUGAUUAUCGGUGUCGAGACAAAUAAAUAUUUUCCAUGAAGUUUUGAUGUUUUAUUUUGUUACCUUAA